AGUCAGAAGUUGUGCAGGAUUCUUCCGGCUGUGGCAGCCAUUUUCAAGCUUGACUUUGAAGAGAAGUCAGCAGCAGUGUUCUUGUGUGCUCUGCUGUGAGUGCAGGAAGCUGAGUAAGGAGCAUGGGCAAGUUGGAAAACCACGAUGUGAAUGCAGUGACCUAUGAUGACGUGCAUGUCAACUUCACUUUGGAAGAAUGGGCUUUGCUGGAUCCUUCCCAGAAGAAUCUCUACAAAGAUGUGAUGGAGGAGACCUACAGGAACCUCACUAGUAUAGGAUACAGUUGGGAAGACCAUAAUAUUGAAGAAGAUUUUCAAAGUUCUAGAAGACAUGAAAGGCAUGAAACAAGUCAAACUGGAGAGAAAACUUCUGCGUAUACUCAAUGUGUUAAAGCCUUUGCAUGGGACAGUCAUCUUCAUGGGCAUGAAAAAACACAUACUACGUUGAAACCCUAUGAAGAAAAUGAGUGUGGUAAAGCCUUUUCACAUCACAAUCAUCUCCAAAGACAUAAAAGAACACAUCCUGGAGAGAAGCCCUAUGAAUGUAAUCAAUGCUGUAAAAGCUUUCCAUGUCAUGACUGUCAGAGGAAUAAAAGAACACGUACUGGAGAGAAGCCUUAUGAAUGUAAUUACUGUGCUAAAACCUUUGUAUUUCACAGUGGUCUCCAAAGACAUAAAGGAAGCCAUACUGAAGAGAAACUUUUUGAAUGUAGUCAGUGUGGUAAAGCCUUUAGAUAUCAGAGUUAUCUUCAAAUACAUAAAAGAACACAUACUGGAGAGAAACCCUAUGAAUGUAAUCAGUGUGGUAAAGCCUUUGCACGUCACAGUGAUCUAAAAGUUCAUGAAAGAAUCCAUACUGGAGAGAAGCCCUAUGAAUGUAAUCACUGUUUUAAAGCCUUUGCUUGUCACAGUAGUCUCCAAAAACAUAAAAGAGCCCAUACUGGAAAGAAGCCCUAUGAAUGUAGUCAGUGUGGUAAAGCCUUUGCACAACAGAGUAUUCUCCAAACACAUAAAAGAACACAUACUGGAGAGAAGCCCUAUGAAUGUAGUUGGUGUGGUAAAGCCUUUGCACAACAAAGUCAUCUCCAAAGACAUAAAAGAACACAUACUGGAGAGAAGCCCUAUGAAUGUAGUUGGUGUGGUAAAGCCUUUGCACAACACAGUAAUCUCCAAACACAUAAAAGAACACAUCCUGGAGAGAAGCCCUAUGAAUGUAAUCACUGUGGUAAAGUCUUUGCACGUCACAGUGAUCUAAAAGUUCAUGAAAGAUUCCAUACUGGAGAGAAGCCCUAUGAAUGUAAUCACUGUAGUAAAGCCUUUGCUUGUCACAGUAGUCUGCACAUACAUAAAAGAGCCCAUACGGGAGAGAAACCCUAUGAAUGUAGUCAGUGUGGUAAAGCCUUUGCACAAUACAGUCAUCUCCAAAGACAUAAAAGAACACAUACUAGAGAGAAACCCUAUGAAUGUACUCAGUGUGGUAAAGCCUUUGCACGUCAUAGUCAUCUAGAAAAUCAUGAAAGAAUCCAUACUGGAGAGAAGCCCUAUGAAUGUCAUCACUGUGGUAAAGCCUUUGCACAACACAGUAAUCUAAAAAUUCACGAAAGAAUCCAUACUGGAGAAAAACCUUAUGAAUGUAGUCAGUGUGGUAAAGCCUUUACACAACACAGUCAUCUACAAAUUCAUGAAAGUAUCCACACUGGAGAAAAACAAAGCCUUUUUAUUUCAUAGGAGCCUCCAAAGGCAUAAAAGAACCCAUACUGGAAAGUAACCCUAUGAAUGUAAUCAAUGUGGUAAAGCCUUUGAAUGUCACAGUCGUCUCUGAAAACAUAAAAAAACAAAUACUAGAGAGACACAUUUUGACUGUUAUUAGUAUGGUUAAUGCUUUGUUUAUCAGAGUCAUCUUCAAGGACAUGAACUAACACAUGCUGGAGAGAAACCCUAUGAAUGUAACGAGUAUGGCAAAGCCUUUGCAUGUCACAGUCAUCUACGUAUUCAUGAAAUAAGCCACACUGGAGUGAAACCCUGUGAAUGUAAUCAGUGUGGUAAGGCCUUUUCACUUCAUAGACUCUUCAAAUGAAUGAAAGAUCACACACUGGUGAUAAACUCUAUGAAUGUAAUCAUAAGUGUGGUAAAGCUUUUGAAUGUAUGAAUAAUCAAAAUUAUGAGAAAAAUCAUACUGUAGAGAAACCCUCUAAAUGUAUUCAGUGUGAUAAAGUUUUGUACUUUAUAUAGGAGUAAAAUUUCUUGUAUGCAACAAUCUGUUAAAAUCUUUGCAUAUGACAUUAGACAUUGACUUCCUGAAAAAGAUACUGAGGACUUCUUAUUAUAAAGUAUUUGGUAAGAUCUUUAACCAAAACACUUAUAAUCAGCUACACAGUGAUUUGGGAUUCCCCUCUGUUUGCUAUGAAUAUGUUUUGUUACCAUUGUUUAAUAAAGCAGCUGCUUUGUGUCUAUAA